ACUUCCUCUUCCUCCCUUUCUCCAUGUAAGGUCCCCGCUCUGAUCUCACUCAGUUCCCCGGGGUUCCGAGGCUGUUUGCUGCGAAACAGGUUUCAGUGAGAGCGGGGACGGAGAGGCUGCAGAGCCAGGUACUGAGCCCCGAGCCCCCCUCGGGAGGAAGAGCCUGAACACGCUGAGGUUACACUGUGGGGUGGUGAGGAUGGGGAAACAGAACAGCAAGCUACGUCCUGAGGUUUUGCAGGAUUUACGGGAAAACACAGAGUUCACGGAGAAUGAGAUCCAGGAAUGGUACAAGGGAUUUUUGAAGGACUGCCCCAGCGGAUACCUGACGAUAGAAGAGUUCAAAAAACUCUACGGUAACUUUUUCCCUUACGGCGACGCCUCAAAGUUUGCGGAGCACGUGUUUCGUACUUUCGACACCAAUGGAGAUGGCACGAUAGAUUUCCGCGAGUUCAUCAUCGCACUGAGUGUGACUUCCAGGGGAGGUCUGGAGCAGAAGCUGAAGUGGGCUUUCAACAUGUACGAUGUUGAUGGGAAUGGUUACAUCAGCAAAUCUGAGAUGCUGGAGAUAGUCCAGGCUAUCUACAAGAUGGUUUCAUCAGUAAUGAAGUUGUCUGAGGAUGAAGCUACCCCGGAGAAAAGAACAGAAAAAAUCUUCCGUCAGAUGGACACCAAUGCAGAUGGCAGACUUUCUCUAGAAGAGUUCAUCAAUGGAGCAAAAAAGGACCCAUCUAUUGUCCGCCUCUUGCAAUGCGACCCCAGCACCGCUGGCCAGUUCUGAGACACUGUCCAGGACAUGGGUUCAGUUUCUCCGCCCGUUCCCAACACUGGCGAACCAGCAAGGACACUGGCGGAAAGUACAUUCAUGCUCAGACAAGUGGAACACUGGUGUCUGCCAAAAAAAACUGAGCGUCCUUUCACAUGAUGAAGAAACUGCAUGAAGAAAGAGAUUCCUGACCUACAGUACAGUACAUAAGUUCUAGAUGUAUAAAUGUGCCAAAAAUAAGGGGAGCUGAGCUGGUCAACCAACGGUUAACACCAUCUCAUUUUCAUUUGCGCCAUGUGCUGUUGUCAUUACAGUCUAACUGGAUAACAGGGCAGAAGGGGAGUAUGUUUUAUUAGAUUUGUCUUGUCUAUUGUUCGCUUUUCACAAGUGAAAUGUGUCUUAUUGUUUUAUUUCAACAGUACUGAGUUCUUAAUGAAGUUUUGGAGAGUGAGAACCAAACUGUGGUGGGUUAAUGUCUACGUUUAUACAUCAGAGCAUAGAAGAGCCAUUAGGUCCACAUAUGCUUCUUCCAUCCUUGGUUCAUCCCAUAUCUAUGUAGCAACAUACCUUCAUUCUGAUACCUCCAAGGAUCAUCCCGUGAAUAAAUGCCUGUGGUGCACCUAUAAAACAUUUCCCUUUGUCCCCCUUUAGGGAACACAAUCCCUUAAUUAUCCCUCCAAUGAUUCAUUUUUACCCAUCCACAUAAACUAUUUCUGUCUGUCACCUUCCUGAAACACUGUAAAUACUUCCUGUUUGCUCUGGAAAGCUCCUCCACGUAUCAAUACUCUUUGGAAUAAGUAAAACUUCAAAUCUCAAGCCUCACUUCCUUUAUUGUGUUGGUUACAAACACGUCCCCUAAAUCCAUUGUUCCCUAUCACCUUAAACACGUCAUUGACUGUAAUGUUCCAUCUUUAACAUAUUGAUCAGGUCCAUUCCAGGUGUCUCUUUGUUACACAAUUCUGAGGAUAUCUUCACAGUUCACCAGUCUCAGGCUGUCACCCUAGGUUGUCUGCACUUUAUUCAGGUAAUAAUGUUUAUCCGCAUGUUGCCCAAGAAAUGUUGAAAGGCAUCUUAUCUUCAGUAGCCUAAUUACUGUCUUCCAGGCUUUGUGAUAUAGCCAGCAUCCAGCCUCUACUGACCUUGGCAUCCUGAAACUAACAUUGCAGUGCAUCACCUUGUCCACUACAAAGGAUAACAUUCACUGGGAACUAAUUCCUUAGAAUUGAACAAAGGCACUGCAUAGCUGUUCCUGCAGCACUGCACACUAUCCCACUUCUCAGUAAGCUUUCCAAAAAUAUCUCACAUAGUACUACACAAAAUCCCUGUCAUUUAUUUCAACAUUAAGGCUGUGUUCAACAGACCCAGAAAGUGCUGGGGAAACUCAGCAGGUCUGAUAAUAUCUGUGAAGUAAAAAACAGAGUUAAUGUUUCACAUCCAAUAUGACUUCCUCAGGUUGUGCUCACCUCCAGUUUCCUACCUCUUGACUCCCAUGUUGCCCUCUCUGAGAAAAGCAAGGAAUUUCACCAUGUCUUUUUCAUUGGGUGUUAGUCUGAGCUGCUGGAUGUGGGCAUUUUCAGCUGAUCACAUACGUAGUGGUUUCUCAUCUGAUUUAUAACAGUCCCCAAGUCACCCAACAAGAUGCUGUUAGUUUUUUGAUUGAUCUUUGGAGUUCUAAUAUUGGUUUGAAUUUCGGGGGGGGGGUUUGGCAGUGGGAGGGGGAACAAAGAGGGUCUCCCACUCAUUCUUUGAAGAAUCUCAGAAACUCUUCCAAAACAUGUGUUCACCCCUGUAUUGGUUUUCCAUUUUCCUGUUGUCUUUGUUUAAAUCAUUCCAGGCCACAUGUCGAAGAGUGAACAUUUUGUACUUACUAAUUAAAAAUUGCAAUUAGCUGCAUCAGGGUCACUAGUUAGCUGCACGUGGCUAGUGGCUAAUGGAUUGGACAACUCUGCCUGAGGUCAGUGUUAUAAUUUAUGUUAUCUGUAUAACUAUUAAUGCAUUUAUAACUUACAAUAUGCCUGGCGUUUGGGACCAGUUGCCAAAGUUAGUUCCCCAUUUAACCAUCGUGCCUUUCUUCUAUUAUACACACCCUUCCUUCUCGACAUUUCAGGACUUUUUUUAAAGUAGUGGAUUGAGUGAGGCCAAGGAUAAAAGAAACUUGGCUCUGCUGUACUUACACGAAAUAAAUAUAGCACUGUGAUAUUACAGAAAACAAAGAUAUUUACCCCCCCCGUUUAAAAUGUCACCACACUUUGCUCUGUGCGGGAGCUGGCAGAAGGGUGAAUAGCCCAUAUUUGUGAUGUAAAUGACUAUGACAAUUGAGAUAUACUGUGUUGUGAUUGAUUAUGGUUAUCUUUCCAAAGCAUCAGCCUCAGCACGCAGUGUUGCUGACAGCUUCCCUGCUUUUUAACCCCAAUUGUGUCUGAACAAACACUCCAGUGGGUCCAGUGAAUGCUGAUGACUUUUAUUGACACACCCCCGAGAACAGUGGUUCUCAACCUCCCGCAUCUUGUGUGCUACCAACCAUCUUAUCAAAAAAGCCAUGAGAGAAACAAAAUCCCACUUUUCCAAGGAAUGGUCUUUUUAUGUUUCCGUGCUUUUUAGUACUAUUAACCAUGAAUGAAAUUUAAGGAAAUUAAAAAUUGCAACGAUUUUGCUGAGCAUAAGUUUUAUUGCUAAACUGUAAAGAAAGACAUAAUGGAUGAGUCAUUGCUGACAAACCUGUGAUUGCCUUUUCAUUGGAAGGAAUGUCAAUUCCUGAGGGUCCUACCUGGACAAUCCCAUUUCUCACCAUUUGAGAAACACUGUGUGAGAAUGUUUCAUUAGAAUUUGGAGUCCAAUUGCUGCGACAUAUUUCUUCAUUCAGAGAGCCACCUGGUGUUCAACUCACAAAGUGCAACUGCCACAGAAAAUCAACCCUGACUCCCUUGCCCGCUCCACACUGCCCUCCAGCCCCACCACACCCGGCACCUUCCCCUGCAACCGCAGGAAGUGCUACACUUGCCCCUACACCUCCUCCCUCACCCCCAUCCCAGGCCCCGAGAUGACCUUCCAUCUUAAGCAGAUGUUCACCUGCACGUCUGCCAAUGUGGUAUACUGUAUCCACUGUACCCGGUGUGGCUACCUCUACAUUGGGGAAACCAAGCAGAGGCUUGGGGACCGCUUUGCAGAACACCUCCGCUCAGUUCGCAAUAAACAACUGCACCUCCCAGUCGCAAACCAUUUCAACUCCCCCUCCCAUUCCUUAGACGACAUGUCCAUCAUGGGCCUCCUGCAGUGCCACAAUGAUGCCACCCGAAGGUUGCAGGAACAGCAACUCAUAUUUUGCUUCGGAACCCUGCAGCCCAAUGGUAUCAAUGUGGACUUCACAAGCUUCAAAAUCUCCCCUUUCCCCACUGCAUCCCAAAACCAGCCCAGCUCGUCCCCGCCUGCCUAACCUGUUCUUCCUCUCACCUAUUCCUCCCUCCCACCUCAAGCUGCACCUCCAUUUCCUACCUACUAACCUCAUGCUGCCUCCUUGGCCUGUCCGUCUUCCCUGGACUGACCUUUCCCCUCCCCGCCUAUACUCUCCUCUCCAUCUUCUUUUCUCUCCAUUUUCGGUCCGCCUCCCCCUCUCUCCCUAUUUAUUCCAGAACCCUCUCCCCAUCCCCCUCUCUGAUGAAGGUCGAGGCCUGAAACAUCAGCUUUUGUGCUCCUGAGAUGCUGCUUGGCCUGCUGUGUUCAUCCAGCCCCACACUUUGUUAUCUUGGAUUCUCCAGCAUCUGCAGUUCCCAUUAUCUCUAGCACUUAUCCUGGAUCAUUCCAUCAGCUUGCUGGUCUCAGUUUGUCCUGUGCUGCUUUCUCUUUGUCCCAAAGUCAGUCAUUGAGACCCGGCUCAAUGCAACAAAAGAAUUAUUGAACGGAAAAUUUGUUUCAGCUCCCACACUAUUGCAACAAAGAAGAGGACCCACUCUCGUUGGACGUAGUAUUAGAGGCGUCAUAAUGUGACGUUUCCCAAUUCCCCAUUAUCCCCCACCCCUAUCCUUCCCCAAUCCCCACCACCUUUCCCAACCCCCACCAUUUCUACUCCACUCCCACACCUGCCCCUCCUUUCAUCCCCAUUGCAACCCUUCCACCGAUUCCCAUUCCAUCCCACCCCGAUCCCCAUCAUAUCCGCCAUGAUGACCACUCCCACACCCGCUCCCCAAUCCCUACUUGCACCUCCUCCCCCAAUUCCCAAUCCCACUACCUCCCCGAUGCCCACCCCAAUACCCUCCUCCCCAGUCUCACCUACUGCCCCAAGCACUACCCCCACCUUCUCCCCUGAUUCACACCCCAAUCCCCACUCCAACACCCUCCCCGAUCCCCAAUCCAAUGCUCUACCGCACCUCCACCAAAGGCCACUCCCAUGUCCUGACCCACAGUCCCAUCACCACCCCUGACCAACUCUUCCAACACCUUCCCUCCCUGACCCACACAGUCCCACCAUUGGUCACUCAACCUGUUCAUCAUGACAGAACCACGGCCAAUCACAAAGUGAAUAUAUUCUCAAUACUGACUGGAUAAUUCUUGAUUGCCUUUCAACCAGCAUUUUUAUCACAAUUUCUAUUCUUUUUCCAACUAGUUCCAUGAAAAAAAUUUAAGAAACAACAUUUUAAUGCCCUACUGAUUUUUCGCCUUCUUUUCUCUGCUCACAGCAUUGCCCCAGAGGUUAAUAUUUAAUUGCUGGAGACUCCAGGCUAAUUCUGGACCCCCUGCCUCAGAACCCAUUGAUUUAAACAUUUAUUCUGUGUUCCAAAUUGAGCAACACUGUUUAUUUACCUGAUCCUCCAUUACAAUACAAUUGGAAACUGCAUUCUGCGAUGUAUUUACGUGUUCGUGAUGAGGAGUAAAACUUGAAAUUGGAUGUGGGUAUUCAGAAGCAAUUUUCACCCAAAACAAAUAGUAAAUGCUGCAAAGCUGAAAUAUACAAAUGAUGCUGGAAAUGUUCAGCUUCUGAGACAGCGUUAGUGGGAAGAGGAUGAUGAUAUUAACCCAUCAGGUUGCUAACCAUUCAUCAGAAUCUCAAAUGUUUAUUCUUUUACAACAUGAGAGCAUCACUGGCCAGGCAGCAUUUAUUGCCCAUCCCUAAUUGCCCAGAAGGCAGAUAAGAGUCAACCACAUUGUUGUUGGUCUGGAGUCACAUGUAGGCCAGACCAGGUAAGGGUGGCAGUUUCCUUCCCUAAAGAACAUUAGUGAACCAGAUGGGUUUUUCCAACAAUGGACAAUAGAUUCAUGUUCAUGAUCAGACUCUUAAUUCCAGACAUUUAUUGAAUUCAAACUCCACCGUCUGCCAUGCCAGGAUUUGAAACUGGAUCCUCAGAAUGUUAUCUAGAUUUUCAGAUUAACAGUCCAACGAUAAUACUACUAGGCCAUCCAUCACCUCCCCAGGAGACGUGUCAGGCAGUGUCUGCAGCAACGCUAUUGCUAUGUUGCAUAAGUGCACCAGAGACCUGGCCCUGAGUCACAUACUGCGAAUGUGCAGUUUUGAAAACAGAUUUAUAGAGGAACCAUGCAAUGUAAAAACUGGCAAUCCACAACCAAAUUUUACAGUGCCCACUCUGACCCAAUAAUGUUAUUUAAGAAUACAGUAGUUUGCAAAGCAAGGAGAAAUCCAAUUCUUGAUAGCACAUAAUCACAUGGACUUUGAAUCUUGUCCCAAUUCCAUGGGAAUGGAACAAUGUCCAGGGAGGAAAGAGGGAAGUUGAGUGGGGUGGAGGUGCUGAUUAAAUUAGAAUCUGAAACAAUUGCUGAGUUUCCAGUGCAUUCUGAGCUGCCUGAGGGUUCCGUUAUGAUCAUUCAAAGUAGUGAGAGGCAGGCCUAACCUGUAAGCAGAGCAAAUCCCAACAGAUGAAGGCUCUGUAAUGUUGUACCUGCGCAGUUUCCAUGCAACAAACCGCACCUAAUUAAUUAACCGCACCAUUCCUAGCCAUAGCCCACCAGGGUGGAUGGACAGAUCUUCUAAGGGUCCCAAAAGCGUGCAUUAGAAAUGUAACAAAAUAGUUAAAGGAAAAAGCAAUUUUAGUUAACUGGUGAAGCUAGGGUUGUUCUAGCAAAGAGAGAGAUUUGAUAGUGUCACGCAAGACUAGGAUAGAUGAAGUAGCUGAAAACAAGCUUUUCCAUUUCCUGGUACACGAGGGUGUUAUUUUUGAGAUCCUGGGGAAAUGUGAGAAAGGACAUCAUUUUACAUGGUCGGUGGUAAUAACCUAGAACACUCUGCCUAACGAAGUAUGGCAGUAGAGGGAAGUAAACUUUCUAUGGCCACCGUAAUGGAGGGGAAUGGGACUGAUAGGAUUGCACUACAGAGAGUCAGUAUAGAUGCAUCAACCGGCCUCCUUCCAUGCCACAAUGACUCUACAUCUGUGCAGGCAGGUGGCACAGUCCAGAAAAUAAGACAGUCCUACAUAAAGGCAGUGAUGCUGCUUUGUUCAACCACGUCCCCUGAGAAUCAAGCGUUUCUCCUGUUGUAGACCUUUCAGUCUGUCUGUUUUAUCAUCAGGUUAAAACUUCAGGUGUAUGAAGGGAAAAGAACCAAUCAGCUUUUUCAAAGUUUAACAGUAGUAAUUAAUAUUUAAUUUGCAUUUUUUUUAAUAUUUGUGUUCGUUGUUUGUUAGAUUUGUGUUCAGGGCUGCAUUGUAACUUGCAGCCUAUAUUUUGCUUAAAUGUCAAAAAGUGAUAAUGAUGUUCACUUUCCUUCAUCAGUAUAAAAAUUAAAACUGUACACAUCACCUGCAA